UCUAUUAAAUGCCACCGUUGUUCCAUGACAUUGAAAGGUUACGCACAUUGCCAGAAGCAAAAGAGGUUGUGGUUGUGCUAGCUAAUUAAGGAACAUGGCCACAGGAGCUGCUGAUGGACUUUUCCGGUCGCUCUACGAAGGGUGCAUCGCCGGCUGCGACAUCGGCAUCGAGCGCCGGCCGUACCACCGGAACUGCAGCUGUGCCCUCCACGACAAGUCACGUGGGAAUUGUCCCCAUGCAUUCCCUAAAUGCAAGAACGUAUCUUAUCCAAUAAGGAGAGCAUGGAGUGAGGGAUGCUUGGCCAUGGCAGCAGCUUCUUGUCAUUCUUCUCCCUCUUCUUCACCGGCUUUUUCCGGGGUUCACGGGGCUGGGAAGCAUCGAUUGGUAUCAUAUAAAGAAGAAGAGGAGGAAGAUAAUCCGGCACCGGCUAAGGUGUGAAAAAAUGAAUAUGAAAGGGAAAUGAAUAAAUUUUGGCCUUUUCUGAUGUUCUGGUUUUAGAAUAAGUACAGAUCAUAGGGUGAGGCAAGGCAAUUUUUGUUACUUGUUGAUUGGAAUUUGAUUAACUGGCCUUGCAAAUCCAUCAUGGCCUAAUCAAAUUGGCUGCUCUGUACUGUACUUGGAGGUGAAAAGUUUGUUCAUAUAUAAUAUCCUUUCAUCUGUGUAUAUUAGAGUAUACACUAAACAGAUUGUCAAAUCAUCUUGCCAUGGUUUUUUCAA